AUGCUGUCUCUCAGCCGAACAUGGAUCGGCGUAGUCGUCGCAGUGGCAGGCAACGUUACGAUCAGUCUUGCACUCAAUUGUCAGAAGCUUGCCCAUACUCGUCUUCAAAAAAGCCACCAGGAAUCGCAAAGCCAAGACGAUAACCAUAACAACAGCUCCAGCGAAGAUGCAGUAGCCAAGCCUCACCAACCCAACUCGCACGAGACACAAUCGAACGGCCACGCUGGAGAAGAUCAGCAAGUCUCAAACUCACGCAGCUCAGGCGGCAACAACAACAAUGGCAUGGACACAGAAUUCCUUCAUUCCAAGCUAUGGUGGUUGGGGCUGGCGUUGAUGACUAUCGGCGAAGCCGGAAACUUCAUUUCAUACGGUUUUGCGCCCGCAUCGCUUGUCGCUCCGCUCGGCGCAGUAGCUUUGCUCUCCAACGUUAUUAUUUCACCUAUACUGCUUAGAGAGAGAUUUCGACCGUCAGACAUUGGUGGAAUUCUGCUAGCUAUCAUCGGAGCAGUGACCGUCGUUUUUUCCUCUAAGCAAAACGAUGUUCGUGUCGGCCCCUCACAGCUUUUGCUCGCCAUCAAGCGGCUAGAGUUCCUCAUCUACACCGCUAUCUCGGUAUCCUCUGGCGCAUUGCUCGCUUUCCUCUCCACCACCUCUCUUGGCGAUAGCUGGGUGCUCAUCGAUGUUGGGACAUGUGCGAUCUUUGGCGGGUUUACCGUGCUCUCCACUAAAGGAAUCUCGUCGCUUAUUUCAGGUGGUAAGCCUAUUGAAGCGCUCAAAUUUCCCAUCACCUACGGCUUGUUGUUGGUGCUAGCAGCAACUGCGGUAGUCCAAAUUACUUACCUCAACAGGGCAUUACAAAGGUUCGAUAGCAGGGAGGUGAUCCCGACGCAGUUUGUGUUCUUUACAAUCUCAGCGAUUGUGGGGAGUGCGAUCUUAUACAGGGAUUUCGAGAAUAUGGACGCUCAUAGGUUGAUUAAUUUCUUGUUUGGUUGUUUGACGACGUUUGCUGGUGUAUUCGUGCUCACUUGGCGUCGUGGAGAGUCAGGAGAGGGCUUGGAUCAGCACGCAUUGGCGGAAGAAGGUGAAGCAGAGGAAGAAGAAGAUGUCGAAGAGGAAACAGAAGUAGAAGAAGAAGAGCCACUCCUCUCACACUCAUGGCAUGGGAUUGAACCAUCAACCAAGCCUCGACCACGUCAUUUGAAAGCGCUAUUCGAGCAAUCGCCCAGCUCUGCACUUCGCGUGCCCCCAUCCCAACCCUCCUCCUCUAGGCCACGAUCACGUACAAAUUCCCCUCACAAAGCCACCUCCCGUCUCUCCGGGUCAUUCGAUCGUCCUUGUUCCACCCAUCUUUCCCGCUCAGCCAGCAAUCAACCCAACGCUGGCCUGCUAUCAAACUCGGGUCAGCGCACGCCAAAAUUGAGCCUUAUGUCAAUGGACCGCCCGACAGGUCUCUCCCCCGGCCACUACCUCCUCCUGGCGACACCUCCGCCAAAUUUCACCUUGAACCCCGUCGCACCAGUCCAAAGCACAUCGGCACAGAGAAGCGCACUGAGUAGAGGCAUGCAACCGCAAUACGGAGCAGUGGGGAACAAGAGCGGUCCUAGUGCCUUUCUCCCUUUCCCUGUUACUAUGGCGCCUGGGCCUGGUAGGAGGGGUCAAGGUAUACAGCAGGCGAUCGGAAGCGUGGGAGGGUCAAUGGUGGGAGGAGCAGAUGGGGAAGGAGCAGAGGGGGAAGGGGAAGUAAUAGCGGCGACGUCAUCAGCUACAGCAGCAGAAACGAUUCUGACUCCAGUGGCGGAAACAAACGGCGUUGGAGCGAGCAGGGAAGAAUUGCCGAAUAGGUUGGUGCAACAGAUGACUCCCAGUAGGAGCUCCAGCACUUUUGCUUCCGGAAGCAAUGCCGCUCCGCCAUAG